UUCAAUGAUUAAUAGUAUAAAAAUUUACAUAACUCCAACUUCAUUUAAAUCGUAAACCUGGUUAGGUUUGAAAAACCUGGAUUCAAGAUGAUAACACUUUUUUCUACUGUGAUUUUAUUUGGUUUUACUUUUAACAAUGUGUAUUUAGUAACUAUAAAAGACAGCAAUAAAUGCAAAAAAUACCCUUGUCUAAUAUUUGAAGAUAACUUUAACGACUUUGAUUUAUCUGUUUGGGAGCAUUUAAGAACUGCGGCGGCAACCGGAAACAACGAGUUCCAAUAUUAUACCAAUAAUCGUUCUAAUAGUUUUGUAAAAGACGGCGUACUAUAUCUUAAACCGACAUUGACAAAAGAUACUUUUGGUGAAGAAUUUUUGUACAAUGGAACAUUAAACUUAUGGGGAAGUACACCAUGGACAACGUGCACAUCAAAUUUAGAUAGUGGGUGUAAGCGAAAAGGAUCCUCAGAUUCUCUAAUCAAUCCAAUUCAGUCAGCAAGUAUUCGAACAGCAAAUAAGUUUUCUUUUAAAUACGGCAAAGUAGAUGUGAAAGCAAAACUUCCGCAAGGAGACUGGAUAUGGCCUGCUAUUUGGUUAAUGCCAAAAUAUUCCGUGUAUGGAGAUUGGCCAGCAUCUGGAGAAAUAGAUCUCAUGGAGUCUCGAGGAAACGAAAAUUUGACCGUAAGUAAAAAAGACCUAACUCAAAUAGGAAACAAAAGAGUUUCUCAAUCUUUGCAUUGGGGUCCAUAUUUUCCUCAAAAUGGACACCCAAAAACUUUAGCAAGUCGAGGUAAGAUCGAAGGUUCUUUUGCUUCUAGUUAUCAUGUAUAUAGCGUAAUAUGGACAAAGCAUGAUAUUUCUUUUUACAUUGAUAAUUCUCUAUCCUUAAACGUAUCUGUCGGAAAUGAAGGAUUCUGGAAAUUUGGAGAAUUCAACAAAUUAGAAAAUGCAAGCAACCCAUGGGAGAACGGAUCAAAAAUGGCUCCGUUUGAUCAAGAAUUUUAUAUAAUACUUAAUACAGCUGUCGGUGGAACAAACAGGUAUUUUGAUGAAAAUUUUGAACCAAAAAUACCGUGGGAUAACAGUUCUAAUGGUCAAAAAGCAAUGAAAGAGUUUUGGGAAAACAAAAACCAAUGGUUACCUACCUGGAAAGGUAACGAUGUAGCUUUAAAAAUAGACUAUGUACGAGUUUGGAAGUUGGAGGCAAACUCUAGUGGCGACACAUAAUAACCAAAAAAAUAAACUUAGCUGAAGACAAUCUUGUAAUUAUAUAUGAUAGCUAAAUUGUGAUAAAACUUUAUGUUAAUUAUUUAUAUUUAUUUUAUAACAACUAUAAUUCAAAUGUUCA